GAUGGUAUUUCAGAAGGGUGGCGCAAUAGCAAAACCCGAAAAAUCUUUGACCCUCAAAAUAACAGAAAUAGCUAACAUGUUGACAUUGAUAAUGAAACUCGAUAAAUUAUAAAAAUGAAAUGAUGUAGAAAUUAUGUACAAUAAAAGUUAAGAAGACCAAUUUUGGAAAAUUAAAUCAUUUUGAUUUCUGUAGCUUUUUUCUUCAGCGUCGUUUAGAAGGUCAAGUCCUUUCGCAUCCCUUUCCUCGAUCUACCCUGAGUUUUACAACAUGUUUUCAAACGUACCAUCUUUAAAUAUCCCCAAUAGAAAAGGCACAGAACGGCCAAGGAAAUAAUAUCCCGACCGCUCAUUGAUUUAAAGCCUCUCGAGAAGUGUAUAAGCGGUCUAAUAUGCUGCCAGUAUUGGGUCAUUUAAUUCUGCUACUGAGAGGCGGUCGCUUUAUUUUAAGAGGUUUGUUGUUUUAAACUAAGAGUCGUGAUGUAUCCUUAAUAGCUGAAAAGGUGGUCGCGAAGAAUUCCAUUGCUGAGAGAAAUUUCGGAACUGCUGUCUAUCAUUGUGUCCGAAUGUAUUUAUCUGUGAACGAGUUAAUUUGUCUCUACAGGGAAACAGUGAAAAUGGGUUUGUUAUAUUCGACGUUGUAAUUGUCUUUUAGGAGAACCAAAACAGCAUCGUAUUCAGAAGAAUGUUUCUUUUGUAAACCAAACGUUUAAAAAUUUCCUUUUAAAAAUAGAAGAUAAACCAAAGGCUACUUGGGGUCACCACAAUCACACAAUCAGAGAAUUUUAGAAGAGGUAGCUCAAAUGAAAACGUUCUGAUUCUUCGACUGAAAAACUCUAGAAAUGCUCUAAUGUAUUUAUUUAUGAUGGUAGACCAACGUUCCACGAAGUCUAUCCACGAAGUAAGUGCGAUUUUGUUAACAGUCAACGUUUCGGCAACUUUGCGGAUCAUUGUUCUUUUAAUCUGGCACUUCACGCGAUCGGGUUAAAGGAAAUUAGUUUUCCAUAACCGUGUGCGGUUUCAAUAAGAUAAAAUCUUGACGGAUUGUCUAAGUGACGUUUUCGCCCAAAAUGACUCUCAAAUUAACUUCGCAAAUGUAACCUUCUGUUUGCUAUUUUUAUGUCGGUUUCUUUCCUCUCUUUUGUUUCAACGCAAAGAUCAAUUCUGAAACGAUUUAAAGGCAUCGAGGAGUUCUAUGACUUAGCUUCGCUUUUUCGACCAUUUGCAAAACAAUCCCAUUUUUUUUGUUGAAUUUGUUCUUAUUCCAAGUUGUGACACGGCGUUCGAUAACGACAUAAUAUAAUUCUUAUUAUUUGUCUGUGUCAUUAGGUGGUCCGGUUCAUACGUAAAAGAACUGCUUCUUGCGAGCAAAAUUCCCUUAGUCAAGCGUGUACACCACAGUCAGCUAAUUUCAAUCCAUACUUUAUCUCGGUGAAAAUGUAUACAAAUUAAAUAAUUUGAUUAAAAAGUUCUUGUUCCCCACCGAACCUUUUGAAUAGAUGUUUACAUUUUCUCAUUCAAAACGCUUAUAUUUAAAUUGUUAUUUCUUCCUUUUCUGACUGCAGGUAGGGAUUAAUUACGUUAAGUAUUUCCACGUGUUAUGCCUCCGCGGAAAAGUUAAUGGACAUCUAAUCAAUCAAUCUCUCGCACCUGCCUGAUCUAAUGGUGUUUAGAGAUAAAAAGUGAAAAGACAUUAAUUAAGGGCCGAAAUCUUUGAAGCCUCUGCAGCUUAUAUGAGGCGUUGUUAAAUUACAGUCAAAUCGCGCUGAUCAGUCAGGGCACACAGUCUUUUCACUCUUUCCUGAACUGUUUAUGAGUUCAGUGGAUUUUCAACCGCCUUCAAAUGAAUAGCACCAACAUCACCAACGCCAGCAGCCCCUCCUGCUUUAGAGUCAAGUGCCAGUUCACAGUUGGCGAAAGAAUCGCCAUUAUUGUCUUCUUCUCUGCGAUUUUUCUUGCGUCUUUGGUGGGAAACUGCAUCUUGUUCCUCGCAAUCAUCCGCAAUGCGCGGCUACGGCGAAGUUCGACGAACUUUUCUAUCCUCAGUCUCAGCCUGGCCAAUAUUCUCAUCACAAUAUUCUGCAUUCCGGUUUUCACAAUUGACGCAUUUAUCGCGGAAAGGUGGGUCUUUGGGAUGAUCGGUUGCAAACUUGUCACCUUUUUGCAAAACACGUCCAUAAAUGCCUCCAUUGUGACCCUUCUCGUCAUCAGCGUGGAGAAGUUCCUUGUGGUUUACUUUCCGUUUAAAAUGCGUGCCCAGCGAACCAAAGUCCGCUAUCUCGUUCUUGGAGCUUGGAUCGUUGGAAUCAUUGACUCAUCUGUGUGUCUCAGUUACAGAACUGUAAAACAAAUCCGUGGAAUUCCGUUUUGCAUCGAGAAUUGGCCAUCGCCGAAGACUCGGAAAAUGUAUGUUGUAAUUCAAACAUUUGUUCUUCGUUUCGUCGCGCUGACGUUCAUGAUAGGUCUCCAUGCCGUCACCAUCAAGAGGAUCCAAGCGAGAUUGCAAUACCGCAGAGAGAACAGCGAUGGUAGUUUUCGCGAAUCGGACGUGAUGCAAAUCAGCUCGCACGGGCUGAAGCUCCGAAAAAAGGCUGUUAUCAUGUUGGUGGUAAUCGUCGCAGCUAGCACGUUGACGCUCUUUCCUUACUACAUCAUGGUCUGUUGGAGAAUGUUGGCUAAUCCGCAGAUCACCGACUAUUUCGCUUUGAAUGUGGCUGUUAUCAUGACAUCGUGGCUGGUGUACUGCAACAGUGUCUGCCAUCCCAUCAUAUUUGGGCUGAUGAGUACGCAGUAUCGCAGAGCCGCCAAAACUUUAUCUGUCAGUCGGAAAUCUCCAGCAACAAGUCGAAAUAUCUCAAACACGAGAAAGCAAACGAGGGAGGAACAAAUGAUCAUGACAGAACAGGCCUCUUAACCGCAAUAUCUUUUAAAUUUGCAAGUGACCUCGCUGUGUUGUGCUUAUAGAAAAUGAACUCUGCGAAAAUUUUCAUUUGACCUUCCACACCACACUAAACAUAGAAUAAAAAUUUUCGGUGUGCAGUUUGCCUGAACACAACUCAAAACAACACGGGGUUCCUUGCGUUAAUUUUGAAAAUGGUUAACAUCGGUAACCUUAUUGGUAUUUGCUAACUGGGUCUGCAGUGUGCAGAAUCUGCCUAAUGGCGAAACAAGGACGUUCUGCGUACUGUCACGUGAACUGAUGGCCGGACAACCCAGGCUGCUCACGAAGGCAACCUUUUAGUCAAUGAAGGCAUAAAACAGUUUGAGCUAGCUGUUAGACGCUUCGAAACAGUCAGGACGCUCAAUUAACGCCAAGAAAUGACUUUCUUUGAAACAAUUAUUUUCCUCCACUCAAGCUAGCACGGACGAUGAGGAUGAGAAGUUUUAGCUUCAAUUAGUAAGUUUUCUUCUAUUAAAUUUAGUGACAGCCAAGUUAAACUGUUGAAGCUGGAUACGAAAAUUUGUCAACGAGCAUUCUUUGGUGGAUUGGCAGGUUUGACCUAUCAAUCAGUCUCGUAAUUAUAAGAAAUAUAGAUUCCUUGGUUUUUUUUUUUUUUUUUUUCUUCUUCUUCUUCUUUUUUGGUUGGACAGCUAAUUUGACUGUCAUCAACAUCGGAGGCAAUUACACUGAUCUGAAGUUUCCGAUGGGAAAUUUUCAGUCAAAUUGCUUACUAGGAUUUCAAUGGCACCACUUAAAAAUUAACUUAAAAUCUAUUGGUUACAUUUGACAGGCAGGACAUAAUUAUUUCACCAUGAAACAACAACAUUUGAUGUAAAUCUCGUAAUUCGAUGACAAACUUUGUUUCAGUAUUAGUAUUUAGAAUUUGUCAGCUAAAAACAUACAGGAUCAAACCAUUUCUUGAUUUUUCAAAGAAAGGUUUUGUAUCCAGGAAUUAGUGGUUAACUAUUCCGUCUACUUGUAUCUCUCCGUUUUUAGGUGACAAUUAGUUACUUGUACAAAUACGUUGAUUAAUAUGCAAAAGUUAAAAGAUGGGCUAAUACUGUAUGAAACGUGCCGAAUGGCACAACAGAAUAGAAAUCUCAAAACCACGUGUUAACAUGGUCAAAUCGAAUCUUAUAAUGUAGCUCCUACUAUCAGAAUUAUAUAUUUGAACAAAUCAAACCUACCAAAUGCAUGAAGGUUAAAUUAAAUUGUGUGUUCAGCUAAUUAUGGACUUCUGUGCCAUGCAAUAAACUUAUGUCUCCCUAUAUCAUAA